CUGCUGUUGUCAUCUGUUCAAAUUUGUCUAUGGAACAUUGAAGCGGAAAAAUGGCUGCAGCAAAUCUUGUUCGAAAUGCUUUUAAUGGAUUAUUACGAAAAUCCACUACUUACAAAACGCCUGUAGUAUGCAGAUUAUCAACUGUAGCGUUACAGCAAAAAUACCAUACAGUUAAGGCUAUUGCUAGAGCAUAUAAUAUUCAGCAGUUACAAAAUGGGGUUCAAUAUCAGCGUAAACGACAAUUCGCUACCGGGCCCGUGCGUAAAAUAACACAAGAGGAGAUCGAAGAACGAGUGAUGAAAGUGUGCAAGGCUUACGACAAACUGGUUUCAACUCAGAAACAGAAAAUCGGAGUUCGGAACUAUAGCGGUGGGCCUCCUCUUACACUCGAUCUUAUUCAAAGUAGGGUGAUUCUAGUACUCCAACUAUAUGACAAAAUUAGCCCAGAGAAGUUAUCUCUUGAAUCCCACUUCAUAAAUGAUCUAGGGCUGGAUUCCCUUGAUCAUGUUGAAAUCAUCAUGGCUAUGGAGGAUGAGUUUGGCUUUGAAAUCCCCGAUUCAGAUGCUGAGAGACUUCUUAAACCCAAAGACAUUGUUCAAUAUGUUGCUGACAAAGAAGAUAUCUAUGAAUAAAUCAUUUAAAAACUAACUAAUCUCAGUGAUCUUAGACCAAACUAUCAAUAGUAUACCAUAGACAGAAAUAAAACCUUUUUUUUAUAUCCACCACUUGGUCUAAGAUAUUUGCGAUUCAGCUUAGUGUAUAGGACGUUUAAUUAACAUAUUCAUUUAAGAAUGAGCAAUGUGAAUAUGGCUGAACAUCUAAUGGGGAUGUAAAAAGUGUAAAUUGUUUUUAUUGAUUAUAUGGCUGUUAGAAUAGAU